AUGUUUUAUUCGGAGACGUUGCUGUCGAAAACGGGGCCUUUGGCUCGCGUCUGGCUAUCCGCCAACCUUGAACGGAAACUCUCGAAAUCCCAUAUCCUUCAAUCGGAUAUUGAAAGCAGUGUCAAUGCUAUUGUUGAUCAGGGCCAGGCGCCCAUGGCGCUGCGCCUGAGUGGCCAGCUUCUUUUGGGUGUUGUUCGGAUAUACAGCCGCAAAACUAGAUAUCUCCUGGAUGACUGCAAUGAAGCUUUGAUGAAAAUCAAAAUGGCUUUCCGGCUAACAAAUAACAACGAUCUUCCGACCGCUGCGCCGCUACCUGCAGGAGGAAUCACUCUACCAGACGUACUCACUGAGUCAGAUCUCUUUAUGAACUUGGACCCCUCCAUCCUAUUCACCCAGCCGGUGCAGGUUGACCAUGAUCCCAAGCGGCCUGCCUCAUCCCUAGGCUGGUCUAGCCAACUCCUGCCGGACAGCACCCCACAAACAAUCAGACAGGUUGAAAAGCCGCACCUCGAAGAUGAUACCGGCUUAAUACUAGAUCUGGGUGAAGACGAAGAUAUCCCACUUGGCCAUGACACCAGCAUUGAAGUUGGUAGGGAGGCUCCCGCCCCACGCCCUGUUGGGGAAGACCUGUUCAGCGACGACCACCGUUUAUAUGACGGUGACCUUAACCUUGACCUUGGCGAGGACGAUGCCCCGCUCGGGAAAGUAGUGGAUGACGACAUGUCUCAUGACAUCGACAAUGUUGCCCAUAUGGAUGAGGAUAUACCAAUGGGAGGCAUGGACGGGGAACUUGGCGUGCCAAUUGAAGAGGACUCAACUAUCAUUCCAGGUCUUACCAGCGAUUUUACUCGUAGAUCGGCCUCGCCACUCUCAUCAGUUCGUUCUAGUGUCGUCCGUGACUUGGACGAAACCUUUGCAAAUGAAGGAGCUAUUCGGCAUCAUCAGAGAGUAAAGCGACGAAGGCUGAUCAUGCCAGAUGCCGACACGAUCCUCUCUAGUGCCCAGAUUAAAAAACAACAAGAAGACCGAUCAAAGAUUUUAAUAACCGAAUCCAUCCUCCCCCGAGACCCUGUCCUCCUUACCCUUAUGAUGAUGCAGAAGAAUGGAACUUUCGUCUCUAAUGUAAUAGGAAAAACUAGCAAUGGCCACUUGGCCCCUGAACUUCGCGGGAUACUUUCGAUUGAAUCCGUCAGAAAAGCAGGAGACUUGAAGCGAAAGCGAGACAGUGGCAUUGCUGAUAUGGACAUUGAUUCCAGUUCCAAGGUUCCUCGGCUUGACAUUGAGAGAGAGGAGACUCUAUUACAACCCGACGAAGGGCUCGUUCUCGGAGAAGAUACCGGCCUAAAUCAACAAUCGGAGAUUCUAGUUCCCGAUGAUGACGAACAAGCUCAUCCUCGCUCCGGAGACGCCCAUUACAGCGAAGAUGAAGGCCUUGGUCAGCAUGCAGAGGAAUACGACGAACUCAGCAGUUUGGUCGAGACUGGCCCAAUCUCUUUAGGAACAAAACAUGCUGUUCACGUCUUACGAGAGCAGUUUGGCGAAGCCCCAUCAACCGACUCACCCACAAAGGGCAAAGCUGUUGUUUUCCAAGAUCUACUCCCUGAACUCCAAACAAGCAAGGCCGAUGCCACAAAGAUGUUUUUCGAAGUUCUCGUCCUCGCAACUAAAGAUGCCGUCAGAGUUGAGCAAAGCAGUAAAGAUCUCGGGGCUCGGCUACGAAUCAAAGCAAAACAAGGCCUUUGGGGGGAUUGGGCAGAAACGGAAGCUGGGGGUGAAAUCGCUCCACAGGAGAUCGAGGCCACGGCAUGA